AUGUCCUCCCCUUUCCUAAAAACUGGGCGCAUUUUUAUGCAGCCAAUUGAUGUUUCUUCUAACAUUGUUGGCAACUCUUUAAACCUAACUAACCACGCGCAACGUCCCCAGUGGUCACGCGCAUCUCACAAUUACACUACAUACCUACUACAUAAACACAUGCCCUCCUACACAAAAAGACCCCUUCGCCAACCAGGAGUGAGUAUCCCGACAGCUCAAACUUUCCUAUACACCACUCCUUUACCCUUUAGGAAACGAAGUUGUCGGAACCCGUACACACGGCCGGACGGGGCCCUCCUGCCUGCUGCUGCUGCCGGCCUGCCCGCGAAACGAACCACGCCCUUCCCGCGGCACAAAUAUUCCGCUGAUUCCGCGCUGUCUGCCCGCUGA